UGCCACACCUAUCUCCUUCUCCCUCAUCACUGCAAAUUGUACUCACAAUCUUCCGGCACGUGGUUUGGCCGCAUCAACCCACAUCUUUUCAUUGUCUCUCAAAAAAUAACCAGAAAGAAAAUCCAAAUUCUCUCGGACCCGAAUGCUCCGACCCAAACCCAUUUAAUCAAUGUCUUUCUCGUUUUGCCUUUUUCAUUGCACACUGCACUGCAUCGCGAUCUAUGCAAUGCCCACAUUGUCAAUGUCGAUUCUGCUAUGACUAAAUUCUCGAAGAAUAUUUUUUGAAGCUUCUCGUUCGGGGCUUUUCCGAAGUUCUCAGACAUGGAGUCGAUCAUGGCAAAAGCUUUGGAGUACACUCUCAAGUAUUGGCUCAAAUCGUUCUCCCGAGACCAGUUCAAGUUGCAGGGUCGCACUGCUCAGCUUUCAAAUCUAGAGUUGGAUGGGGAUGCGUUGCAUUCCAGCCUUGGAUUUCCACCCAUGCUCAGUGUCACCACCGCCAAAGUUGGCAAAUUGGAGAUCAUGUUGCCGUCUGUGAGCAAUGUACAGACAGAGCCUAUCAUCGUGCAAGUUGAUAGGCUAAAUUUGGUUCUUGAAGAAAAUUCUGAUUUUCAGCCAUCUGAAAAUCCAGCAAGUAGCACCACAUCAAGUUCCUCAUCAAAGGGUAGCGGCUAUGGUUUUUCUGAUAAGAUUGCAGAUGGAAUGACUGUACAGAUUCGUAUGGUUAAUCUAUUACUUGAAACUCGUGGAAGUGCUUGUUGCCAAGGGGAAGCAACUCGGGCACCACCUGUGGCAUCUAUUACCAUGCACAACUUUAUACUGUAUACCACAAAUGAAAGCUGGGAGGUUGUAAAUCUUAAAGAGGCACGGGAAUUCUCCAGUAAUAAGAAGUAUAUAUACGUCUUCAAAAAACUAGAAUGGGAAUCUUUGUCUUUUGAUCUUUUGCCUCAUCCUGACAUGUUCACGGAUGGUACUAUAGGCCGCUCUCAAGAGGGAGCAAACCUGAGAGACGAGGAUGGUGAAAAGCGAGUAUUAUUUGGAGCCGAGCGUCUUAUAGAAGGAAUAUCGGGAGAAGCAUUUAUCACCGUUCAGAGAACUGAAUUGAACAGUCCAUUUGCACUUGAGGUUCAGUUACAUGUCACGGAAGCUGUUUGCCCUGCAUUAAGUGAACCAGGACUGCGUGCAUUUCUUCGCUUUAAAACAGGAUUACAUGUCUGUCUAAACAGGGGAAAUGUAGAUUUCAAGGCACCGAAGCGAUCAACUGAAGCUGCUAGGCAUUCUAUUGUCUCAAUUGUUGUGGACCAUAUAUUUCUUUGCAUUAAAGAAUCUGACUUCCAACUUGAGCUUUUAAUGCAGUCCCUCCAUUUUUCUCGGGUCAGUCUCUCUCAAGGAGAUAAUCAUAGUAACUUGACCAGAAUUAUAGUUGGAGGAGUAUUCUUAAGGGACACCAUUUCAUUUCCUCCAUGUACCUUAGUGCAACCAUCGACGCAAUUGGUCAUAGGGGAUGCUUUCCAAGUACCAACAUUUGCAAGAAGCUUUUGCCCAUCAAUAUACCCACUAGGAGAACAGCAAUGGCAAUCAAUUGUGGGAACUCCCCUAAUAUGCCUCCAUUCUGUUCAGAUCGUGCCUUCUCUUCCACCAUCUUUUGCUUCUCAAACUGUUAUUGAUUGUCAACCUCUAAUGAUUCACCUCCAAGAAGAAACCUGCCUCAAGAUAUCAUCAUUCUUAGCUGAUGAUAUUGUUGUGAAUCCUGGUGACAUUUUACCAGAUUUCUCAGUAAAAUCUUUUACUUUCAAUCUCAAGGGUCUGGAUCUUACAGUUCCUUUGGAUAAGACCUAUCUGGAUAUUUCUAAAACCAAAAUGAACAAUACAGUCAAUAACUCUUUUGCUGGAGCAAGGCUUCGGAUUGAAAAUCUUUUCUUUUUAGAUUCACCCUCAUUGAAACUGAAAAUAUUGAACCUCGAGAAGGAUCCUGCUUGCUUCUGUCUUUGGGAGGGUCAACCAAUUGAUGCCAGUCAGAAGAAGUGGACUACUGGAGCAUCCCAGAUUACUUUAUCUCUGGAAGUAAGUACUGACAAGCCUGGACAUCAGAGCUCUCUCGGAUGGACAACUGGAUUGUGGAGAUGUGUUGACCUGAAAGAUGCUUGCAUAGAAGCGGCUAUGGUAACUGCUGAUGGUAGUCCAUUGUUAAAGGUUCCUCCUCCAGGCGGUAUCGUGAGGCUUGGUAUUGCUUGUGAACAGUAUCUAUCCAACACUUCAGUUGAACAACUAUUUUUUGUCCUCGGUGUCUAUGAUUAUUUUGGGACUGUUAGUGAGAAAAUAGCCAUAGUUGGAAAAAAGAAACAAUUAAACGAUGUCAGGAACAAAUAUUUAAGUGGAAAUCUGAUGGAGAAGAUUCCCAGUGACACUUCUGUAAGUUUGACAAUAAAAAAUCUCCAACUUCAAUUUCUUGAGUCGUCUUCUGUGAACUCGGAGGGAAUGCCUCUAGUACAGUUUGUUGGAGAUGAUUUUUUUGUUAGAGUUACUCAUAGAACUCUUGGUGGUGCUAUUGCUGUUUCAUCCACAAUAAAUUGGGAGAGAGUUCAGAUAGAUUGUGUGGAUUCUGAAGAGCGUUUUACAUGUGAAAAUGACUCACCUUGUAGUACUAGCGAAAAUCUUCCCUCAAUAAGUGAUCAUGAACACCCUAAACUGAGACCUGUUUUCUGGGUGCAUAACAAAAAACAGCCACUUAAUGGAAAUGUUCAUUCAUACCCCUUUCUGGACAUACAUAUGGUGCAAGUCAUACCAUUUUGUGUAGUAGACACGGAAGUACAUACUUUAAAUGUCUCAGCUUCUGUAUCUGGUGUUCGUCUUGGUGGGGGAAUGAACUACUCUGAGGCCCUCCUGCACCGAUUUGGAGUACUAGGGCCUGAUGGUGGUCCAGGGAAUGGUUUGUGUAAAGGGUGGGAAAACUUACAAACUGGACCGUUGGCAAAACUUUUUAAGACAACACCUCCGAUUGUUGAUAAUUUAGAAAAUGUUGAAACUACAAGAGAAGGGAAAGGUACCAGUUUUUCACACUUGAAGAAGCCAGAUACCGUGGAUAUCACUAUACAGUUGAGAGACUGGUUAUUUGCUCUUGAAGGUGCGCAAGACAUGGCUGAAAGAAUGCGGUUCUCAAGCUAUGAUGCAAACAGAGAAGAGAGGUGUUGGCACACAACAUUCCGUACCUUGCGGGUAAAUGCAAAAAGUUGCCCAAAGAAUGCUCCAGAAAGAAAAACACAAUCACACAGAAUACAACUAUAUCCUGUGGACGUGGUUACGGUUGGAGUUCAAGGGUUGAAAAUCAUUAAGCCUCAAGCCCAAAAGGACAUUCCUUCAUCAGUCAGAACCGAAAAUGGAGUAGAACAAUUCAGUGAAGAAGUUGAGGGAAUUGAUCUUGAAGUAGGCAUGAUAUUACAUGAGGAUAAUGAGGAUAAUGAAAUGGUUAAUUGGGCAGUGGAGAAUCUAAAGUUUUAUAUAAGACAAACGAAUGAAGCAAUUGUAAGCAAGGAAGACGUCCAACACCUCACUUUUCUGUGCAAAUCCGAAAUCGAUUCUGUCGGCCGAAUAAUAGCUGGAAUUUUACGACUAUUUAAGCUUGAAAGUUCUGUCGGCCAAUAUGUAAUUGACCGGCUUGGCAACCUAGGAAGUAAAGACAUUGUCAAAAAAAAUUGUCCUGAGAAGCCUAGCAUAGAUAGUAGUGUUUCUAGUAGUGGCCUCUCUCCAUUACAAAACCCAACAAAUGAAAGUCCAAGAAAGCCUAUGGAAGAAACAUUAACUUCGCUUGAGGAAGCAGUUGCUGGUUCACAGGCUAAGAUUAGUGAUUUGAUAUCUGACAUUGGUACUUCUGACUCUUCCUUUCAGCACCUUACUGUUAUCAAAGAACUCAGUGAAAAGAUUGAGUCCAUGCAGGGUUUAGUGGUGCAAUUGAAGAACCAACUUUAACUAACACCUGUCAUGUGUAUUUAAAUUUUAAUAAUUUUCGUAGGUCAGCAUUCUUUUGUAUAUAGGAUAGAAGUCCAUAGGUUGAUUUUGUACAAGAUUUGCCAAAGGCUUUGCAUUUAUGCAUUAUUAAAUCAUCGAAUGGAAGAAAAUAAAGC